UCCGGGCGCAAUUUGUGUCCUUCCUGCAUCCUGAAUCAGGCUGACCGGAAGCCCCACUUCUUUGGCAUGGCCCAGCAGAUCAAUCAGGGUGUCCUCAUCAGGGGCCUUCACCACCACCUUGGGCUGGCCGCAGUACUCCCACUGUUUGAGAAGCUCGGGGUUCCUGCGUUGAACCUGUUUGUAAGCUGCUACAGCAGCAUGGGAGCACUGGGCAGCCACCUUCCCUUUACCCAUCUUCAGGUCAUUUCGGACCACUAGUAUCAUCUUGAACUCGCCCCCUUCGCCCAUCACGCUUGCUUCACCAGUGCCGUUCCCCAUCGCUGCCAUCAGGCUUUUGGAGGUCGGGCUCAAGCGAGCCCGAAGGUGCCAACCGACCAAGAGCCCACAGCCCAGUCCUGCUACUACACCCAGGCUCAAUGGACCAUAUAGCAAGUCCAUAUUGUAAACCUGCAAAAAAGAACAGAUUGAGACUCCUUCCUGGUGAAUGAGAUGGCAGAGUGUGGGGCUGAAGGUGAACUACCUCAGAGGCGACUUGGUGUCAAGGAACAGCAAAAUGGAGAGCUGACUGACUCAGAGCUGUCCGUGGAUGAGAGGAAACAGAGGGACAGUGAGGAGCGGGACACUCUGGUAAUAUGGAAGAAACCUCAGCUCACACUCCACUACUUCACUCUGGAACUGCUCAUCACCCUUAAAGAGUGGCUAUGGAGGCUCUGGCAGCAAAGACAGACUGUGUUUGGCCUGCUGAUCCUGCUUAUCCUCCUCUCCAUUGCCUACUGUAUUGAAGGAACACACCAGAAGUACGUGCGCUACAUGGAGAAGAAGACUCUGUGGUGUGCCUACUGGGUCGGCCUAGGCAUCCUCUCCUCGGUGGGUCUUGGUACCGGCCUGCACACCUUCCUUCUUUACCUGGGACCACACAUAGCAUCAGUGACGUUGGCCGCCUAUGAAUGUGGCUCUGUGGAUUUCCCCGAACCGCCUUAUCCAGACCAAAUAGUCUGUCCCCAGCAGAACGCACCAGCACCAGACUCUGAUGCUGAGCAGGUGGGCGUGGAGGCUGCAACGGCGGUGGGUUCAGCUGCCAUCCAGGGAAGCAUCUCUCUCUGGACCAUCAUCUCCAAAGUCCGCCUGGAAGCUUGUAUGUGGGGUGCAGGUACAGCUAUAGGAGAGCUUCCUCCCUACUUCAUGGCACGGGCGGCGAGGCUGUCCGGGGCUGACCCCGACGACGAGGACUACCAGAGGUUUGAGGAGAUUCUGGACCAGACCCAGUCAGCCCAGGACUUUGCCACCCGAGCAAAAGUUGCAGUGCAGAAACUCAUCCAGAGGGUCGGAUUCUUUGGGAUUUUGGCCUGUGCUUCAAUUCCUAAUCCCUUGUUUGACCUGGCAGGAAUAACAUGUGGACAUUUUUUAGUCCCCUUCUGGACUUUUUUUGGUGCAACACUCAUUGGGAAAGCCGUCAUCAAAAUGCACAUUCAGAAACUGUUUGUGAUUGUCACCUUCAGCAGGCACAUAGUGGAGCAGAUGGUCUCCCUCAUUGGAGCUGUUCCACUGCUGGGUGCGGCACUGCAGAAGCCCUUCAGGGAGUACUUGGAGGCCCAGAAGGCCAAGCUGCACCAUCACGCUGGAGAGGGGAUCCCAACUGAGGAGAGCAGGCUGUCGUGGCUCUUUGAGAAGGUUGUGGUCAUCAUGGUAUGCUUCUUUGUCUGCUCCAUUGUCAACUCCAUGGCCCAGAGCUACGGCAAGCGCAAGCAGCAGGAGAAGUACUCGGAGGGCAAAACGGAGUGAAGGCCAGAUAGCGAUCCCAGCCAAGCAUCAACUUCAGAAGCUACUACUGAGCCUUUACUCAUUUCAGCUCUUCGUCCUGGCUGGUACCCCCACCAUUAUCUAAAGCUAAAUAUCAGCCUCCAUCUGGUUUCUCUCGUUAUUAUAGCAACAUGUUUUUGUUCUCUGUAAGGUAGGUGCUUGUUGGAGUGCGUGUGAGUAAGCUGUUGUGUUGUUUAAGCUUUCAUGUCGGUGCUUUUAGCGGCUCCCGAGCACGUGAGAAGAAGCUGCUGGCAAUAAUUCUCCUCAGUGAGGCCUUAAGCUGCACUGUUUGUUCAACUAGAGGAACAUUAAAGUCUUAUAACACGUCCGUAGACUCACUUGAAUUCACUUGAUUUAAAUAAGCUACUAUUGUUAAUUUUGAUUAUGUGCUGAGUGUUCUGUAAAACCAGCGCAAAGUUAUUUGUUCAAUAACCUAAUUAUUUAUCAUCUAUAUUUGCUGGUUAAUUAAUAAGACGUUCUGUACUGUAGAGUUGUUGUGCAGUAUCUGAUGUGGUUAGAUAAGACUGUAAAUUAUUGUGUCAUUUCUACAUAUUGUAGAGCUUGUAGUUAGUUGUUGUAGAGAUGUUAAUUAAUGUUUCAAGCUGUUCAUGGUGCUUUAGAUGACCACUUCUUUUGUGUGUGCAGUAAAGCUGCUUAAGGUACUUUUUGGAUGAGAAAUGAUAAAUCGGCCAUGAAUCACCCUACUGGUCCCUUUGUCUGCCCUUAUUGUUCGGCUUCCAGGAAGAGAGCACAUGAGUCAGCCCAGGGCUACUUUACCAGAUGCAGCCAUAUAUUGAAUCAGAUCUACGACUGUGUGUGAGACGGAGAGGAAGAGGGAGAUAGGCGGUUGUGUUCACGGGGCUGCCACAUUUGUUGCUCUCUCUUUUAUCUUUUAUGGAUUAAAGCAGAUUGUACUUCACUCCUGGAAGUCUUAGUAUAGCAGAUAGUAGCUGUACCUUAACUUCAGAGACAGUCUGUGUCGUGGUAAGUGUUUUUCUUUGUCUUCACUUGUCCACAGAUUUUUUUUUAAUCCUUUUUUCUUUUCUUUUCUUUUUACCUCAGAUGAGGACAGCGAGCUCAUGUUUAAUAUUACAUGAGCAUCUCCUCAAACAAAACUCUGCAUGCGUUUUAUAAGAUCAGUGUUCCAUUUUUUGCCUUUUUUUGCUUAAUGGAUAAUGUCAGCUGGCUCUCGGUAUAUGCAGUACCUUCUCUUUUUUUCAUAUUGCCGGAGAAACGUGCUAUUUUCUUCUCCCUCUCUGUACCGCUGCUGUGCUACGCUGGACUGAGCACAGUGGGCGCUAGAGCAGGCACAAGCAGGAGAGAGAGAGAGAGAGAGAGAGAAAAAAAAGCCCUUAAGCGCACAGUGAAAAGCGUCUGUGCCGUUACCUCAGCUGAACCUUAGAAUGAACUCGUUACACUGCCCCAGUCACGGAGCCAGGAGACAAAUCACUCGAGUAGAUUCAAAACAGAGGGGUACUGUUGAGCGGGCUGAACUCUAUGCUCUGUGCAGCUCUAGUCAGAACAUUUACAUCUCCUCGUUUCUCCUGUCAUGGUAAGUCGGAUGAGGAUUCUUUAUUUAUUUAUUUUUCUCUUCAUUGUUGUCGUCUCUGUACAUGCAUACGUCUCAGACAUGUCCUCCACUCUCUCGGCCUGUCAGAUAGCUUAUCAGACUGGUGUUGGCUGUUAAGAUUGCAAGGCGACAACAGUCUGUAGGCUGUCUGACAUUUCGGGCUCUUUCAUCUGACCAGCAUCCUGUUUUGUCCUUCUGUUAUUGUCAUUGUCUCAGUUAGCAUCAGUUCCCAUUUAGAGGUGUGUGCGGCGAUGUCACUUCCCUUUAUCCCAACCGCUUGUGAAACGUCAGAAACAUGGGUCUGUUGUUUAUUUCCUCCAUGAUGAUGUCUGACAGUUUUUAUGUGGUUUUAUGUGGGGAACUGUGUUCGCAUGUUUGCAAAUGCAGAUGUAGUGAUGUCAAUAGUGUACUUCUGUUAGUGCGUGUGUGUGUGUCUGUGAGAGUUGGCCCUGUCCUCUUGAAUUUCCAGAGCAAUCUAGACAGUACACACCUUAUUGCAACACAUCACAUUGUGACACCCAGUCCUAGGUAUGGUACACGCAGUGCUCACCCAGCCCCCCUCUUCCCUUUUACACUUCCCUCUUCUCUUUUACUGAGAACUUUCUUCUGUUGCUCAAUACGCACUUUUUUUGUAGGAGGCUGCAUUUUAUUGGAACAACUCUGUUGAGGGGGUGUUUUUCUAAGGGCCACAAAUUGGUAAUUAUACAAAGCAGAAAAUCAUUGCUUGACCAGCGGAUACUUUUGCCGCAAAGCCUCCUUUUUAUUUUAGAUUUUUUUCUUUCUAGAACAGAGCAAAAGGGUAAAACCUUUUCCUGGUCAUAAAAGCAAAAUCAUUGAAUAACACUGGAAUGGUUCGCUGGCUUAGACAGUGUUUUUCUUGGCACUUUCAGGAUGUCCUGUUCCAUAAGGGAGCCCCCUUUUGGCAAGCCUGUGUGUGUGUGUGUGUGUGUGUGUGUGUGUGUGUGUGUGUGUGUGUGUGUGUGUGUGUGUGUUGUCUAGAAUUUCUGUUUAUAUUUCAAUGUGUAAGUGCCACUAUUUCUUGUCGAAUAUGUCUGUACCGGAGUUAUUUUAAAUGUAUGUAUGCAGUGUUUUUUUCAUCUGCUUGUACUAUAAAUAAAGACUGUUGAAAAGAG